AUGGUGAAGCGCCCUUUCACCGCAGAUGCGGCUGAGAGUGGACUGAUAGUGCAGCUGAGCGAGGCUGGAGGGGGCCUCCAGCCGCCCGGCGGGAGCCUCUGCCUCUCCUGCAAGGCCUCCGGGUUCACCUUCAGCAGCGUCGGCAUGGACUGGGUCCGGCAGGCGCCCGGGAUGGGGCAGAGCAGGCUGGAACCUUUAACCGGUGGUAGCAGUCCAGGGUACGUGGAUGCAGUGCAAGGGCGCUUCACCAUCUCCUGGGACAACGCGCAGAGCACGCUCUACCUGCAGAUGAACAGCCUCAAGGUCGAGGACACCGGCACCUACUACUGCGCAAAAGCAGCUGCUGGUGCUUGGGGAGAGGCGGAGGCUCCCGCCGGGCGGCUGGAGGCCCCCUCCGGCCUCGCUCAGCUGCGCGUCCGCCCGCAGCCCUGGGCGCAGCCCCACCCCGCCGUGCCCGGCCCCACGGUUUCUCCUCGUGACAGGGGUCAUUGCUGCACCUUCAGCAGCUUCAGCAUGUUCUGGUUCCGGCAGGCGCCCGGCAAGGGGCUCGAGUUUGUCGCGGGUAUUUACAGCAGUGGUAGUAGCACAUACUACGCGUCUGCGGUGAAAGGGCGCUUCACCAUCUCCCGGGACAACGCGCAGAGCACGCUCUACCUGCAGAUGAACAGCCUCAAGGUCGAGGACACCGGCACCUACUACUGCGCAAAAGCAGCUGCUGGUGCUUGGGGUGGUUGA